UUUUUGGCGGGAGGCGGGAACGGGACAGUUGCUUUCUUCAUUGAAUAAUCUAAAUAAUUAAUACGAAGUGGUGUUUUGUGGUUAAUGAUCGCAUUAAGUUAGUCGGAAGACAUUCGCGAGUGUUAUUAUAUUGGAGUAUUCAAUAAACAAAGUGUAUCUGCCUAUUUUCGCUUCGUGUCAGGAAGCCGCUUCAUAACUCAAAAGUUUAUGCGAACUUUUGAGUUAAUUCGUUUGGGGUUCGGAGUAGGAGUCUACUCCGAGGGUGGGGGCUUAGGUUUCAUCAUCAUCACCUUUCAUCAUUUCAUUAAUCAUCAAGAAAAAAAAUACGUCAGACAUGGCUGUAUGGGCAUAGUUCCCUUUGCCUUACCCUUCGGGGAAAACCAAACCAAAAAAAAAAAAAAAUGUUUUUGUAUAGUUUAGACUUUAGUUAUCAAUAAUAAACGUAAAGUAAUUACUGUCCAUAACGAUGUCAACAAUUAAGAAGCAUAUUUUUACUCCCCUCGAGAAGAAAACUUUUUUGGAUAUAUUGAAAAGAUACUCCUCGGUGAUAGAGAAUAAGGAUACCGAUGGCGCUUCAUUACGCGCAAAAAAUGAAGCUUGGGAUAUUGUAACCAGAGAAUACAACGCAAGCCCUCAUGCUACCAAUCAGGUUACAAAUAAACAACUUAGGAGAUUGUGGAUGAACCUCAAGCAGCGGCAAAGGGAAGCACUGACAAAAGAACGUCAACAUCGGCUAGCUACUGGAGGAGGGCCUGCAACCAGUGAUGCAGUUGUAGACCCAGAUGUGUCUGAGGUGGCCCCUGCUCUAAUAGUUGGUAUCGAUGAUGCUGUUGACUCUGAUACAAUUCCAGUAACCGCUGACCUUGCCGUCCAAGAAGUAAAUAUGGACUUGCAGCCCGUCUCUUGUCUUCCCCCAACUUCUUCCCAAAUACCAUCCACCAGUGCAUUUUCUUCAUCACCAUUCCCAUGCGCUGUUGUUACACAAGCACCACUUGCCCUUGCCCCAACCCGGACAACAUUGACACCACCUCCACCUGGAGUAGGUCCACUACUGUCUCUCACUACAACCACUCCACCACCAGCUCUCCCUACAAUCACUCCACCACCAGCUCUCCCUACAACCACUCCACCACCACCUCUCCCUACAUCCACUCCACCACCACCACCUCUUACUGCUUCCACUCCACCACCACCUCUUCCUACAUCCACUCCACCACCACGUCUUCCUACCCCACCUCCACGUUUUCCUACUCCACCUCUUAUUAACCCAUCAAAUACAGCUACCCAAACUUUUCAAAGGCAUAAAAGUUCUAUUCUGGAUAAGGAAUAUAAAGACAGACAGAGACGGGCUAAUGAGAUUCAUGAGUUGGAGGUUUUAUUGUUAAGUGGAUUGAAGACUUCCUGUCAAAUCGCACCUUCUCUGUGCGCAUCGGAGAAUCAUACUCUGUUCCCAGAAAAGUCCUCAGCGGUGUGCCGCAGGGAUCGGUGUUAGGACCAAUUUUAUUCAGUAUCUAUCUUACAGAUCUUAAACAUGUUAUCAUGUCUGAUAUAUCACUAUUUGCAGAUGACACGAAAAUAAUGGGGAACCCACUUAUUAGUCAUAAUGUAAUCCAAGAUGAUCUCGAUAGAGUAAUUGCUUGGACCCGAGAUUGGCUAAUCACAUUAAACGUGGACAAAUGCACUGUGUUGCAUGUUGGCAGUAACAACCCCUCGUUGAGUUACACUAUUGACUCAAAACCUCUCGAGUGUGUUAAAAAACAGAAGGACCUUGGCAUAACGAUAACAAAUAAUCUAAAGUGGGACGAACACAUUAUUGGAAUCACUAAGAAGGCUAACUCCCUCCUAUACAUGAUUAGAAAAGCUUUUUAUCAUAUAGACAAGGAAUUGUUUCUUAGGCUUUACAAAACUUACGUCAGACCGCUGUUAGAACAUGGGUUUCAAAUAUGGAGUCCUUACUUUCGGAAGGACAUUGCAUUACUAGAGAGAGUCCAAAGAAGAGCAACAAAAAUGGUGACAGUCCUGCGUAAUGUUGAAUAUGAGCUUCGACUAUCUAUACUUGGUUUAACCACCUUGGAGUAUCGUAGGCAACGUGGAGAUCUCAUUGAAACGUUUAAAAUUCUUACUGAAUACUAUAAUGUUAAUGCCUUGAAAGACAUCUAUGUACUGAACCAAAACAUCAAUCUGAGAGGACACUCGCUAAAACUCUCACGCUCCAAAGGUACUAGCAACCCUCGAUAUCACUUUUUGCCCAACCGUGUAGUGGACGCGUGGAAUGAACUGCCAGAAUCUGUGAUCAGUGCUCCCUCAGUGAACUCUUUUAAAAAUAGACUUGACAAAUAUAUGAACAAUCAUGAACACAAGUGAAGUGAUAAGCACGCAUCAGCACAAAGUGCUGCCUGUGCUUCCAAUAAUAAUAAUAAUAAUAAUAAUAAUAAUAAGAGAAGCAAAGGCGAGAGCAGACCUCGCAGAACUUCAACUGCAGCAGCAGUGUUCGUCAGAUACUGCAACUGAUGCCUGAAGAGGGGAUGUGGCAUAAUAUAAUAAAUGGAAUAUUGUUAAUUUAUUAAAUAAAAGCAUAUAAG